UCUCAUUUAUUGUAUAUUUUUUAAUAUUUUAAAAUAGUGGUCAUGUAAAAACUGAAUAUAGGCGCAGUUUAUUUAGUUGUUUUAAUUAUUCUUCGUAACUGUAAAUUAUAGUCAUCAAUAAGUGAAUCAUCCACGUACUCGUCGAAUUUAUGUAUAUAUUCAGAGUACAAUAAUCAACACGUCAUACGUAGGUACACACUAUUGCCAACGAAUAGUCAACUCUAAGUAUAAAGAUAUGAGAAUUUCCAUGUCGCAAGUAUGGAUUGGCUUGUUUUCAAGGAUAUUUUAGCCGUGACGGCAUCGAUUUGCACUAUCCUUCAAUUUUUAUCUGGAAUAUUGGUAUGCAAAAAGUUUGCCAAAAACAAAUCCACGGGAGAUGCUUCUGGACUAGCAUUUGUCACUUGCUUUCUUUCGUGCAGCUUAUGGAUGCUGUACGGUAUUUUGAUUAAUGAUAAAUCAAUAAUAAUUGUUAAUACUUUUGGAUCAUCACUGCAAUUCUUCUAUUCCUUUACAUUUUACAUUUACACGGUCAAAAAGAAUGUUAUUGUAAAGCAAAUCUUAUUGGCUUUGACUUUCAUCAGUUUUAUGUAUUUAUAUUGGUUAUUGGAAGAGGAUGUUUCUAAGGUCAUCAGGCACGUUGGUCUUAUCAGUUGCGUAUUCACGAUUUUGUUCUUUGCAUCGCCAUUGAUAAAUCUGGCUCACGUUUUGAGGGUAAGAAGUGCAGAUAGUCUACCAUUUCCUGUGAUCGUGGCUUCUUUCAUCACCUCCUGUCAAUGGUUUUUUUAUGGUUGUCUCAUCAACGACUACUUCAUUCAAGCGCCUAAUUUUCUUGGGUGCAUCCUAAGCGGAUUUCAGCUUAUUUUAUUUAUUGUAUUUCCCACCAAAAGAUCGGAUAAGGAGCAGCUAAUUUAAUCUAAUCUAAUCUAAAGAUUAUAUUUUUGACACUGAAAAUAUUUAAACACUCGAGGCAGCAUUUAAGUGUAAUAUAUAUGACAAAACCCUGCAGAAUUUUUUAAAGUCUCGACAACCAAAUGUGAUAUUCUAGAUUAAGAAGAUGUUUAUUAUAUUGCGCAUAUUCCUGAGUACAAACAAAAAGACGAACACCCGUAGGUUACAGAAAAAAAAGAAACAAUAAAAUAAAAUAAAUGAAUAAAUUAAAAAAUCUGGGAGUCAAUUAU